AUGUCAAGUACGAAUAAUACAAAUGGUCCUCCUGUCUACGAUCAUGGUGAUAUUGCCUGGGUAUUGGCCUCUACGUCUUUAGUGUUCAUCAUGGUCCCGGGUGUAGGUUAUUUCUAUAGUG